AUCAAUGCCGACAGCAGCAGUGCCGGCUCUCAUCGGCUAGCUGCUGAGUUUCGAUACUCGGCCGUCGAUUCCAUGUCGAGAUCAGUCGAGAUUCCAGCAGCUUUUUAAACCCUUCGAAAAAUGGAUGUCUAUUUAUUGACAUUUAUCGCCGCGGCGAUCGUUGUACUAAUUGUCAUAUGUACCGCUCUCUUACAAGCUAUGCGAAAAGUACGAGUCGGCGUAGUUGCCCCCCAAGACGAUGGUGUGGUCCAGCAAGCUGGACGAUUGAGGCGAGUAGGAGCCGUAAGAAACGUCAGACGUCGUAUGCAGGCAAAUGUUAAUCACCGACCUGAAGAAAACGAUAGGCAGAUUGAGCAAGAUAAUGGAGACGAAGGUAAUGGAGAUGAAAAAGCAGAACUGCCAGAUCAUAAGAUAGGAGCGAAAAAACGGGCAAAGCUAGCGGCUAAGGCCGAAAAGAAGAUUCAAAGAGAAGCGGCUGAACGAGAGAGAGAAGAACGUAAAAAACGGGAACAACUUUUACAAGAGGAAAGGGAUAAACGAGCUGAGAAAGAGCAUGUUGAACAACUACGAGCGGAAGAAGUGGAAAAGAAAGCUAGAGAGGAAAAAGAGAAGCAAGAAUACGAGGAAUAUUUGAAAAUGAAGGAAGCUUUUAGCGUCGAGGAGGAAGGUUACGAACAGGAAAAUAAGGAAUGCGACAACUUAUUGCAAGAAUUUCUUGCGUAUAUAAAGAUGAACAAAGUAUUAGUUUUAGAAGAUCUAGCUGCACAUUUUGGGCUUAAGACAGCGAGUGUAGUAGAAAGAAUUCAAGAAUUGCAAGCUAAUGGUAAUUUAACUGGUGUUAUUGACGAUAGAGGAAAGUUUAUUUAUAUAUCGGAAGAUGAACUUGAAGCUGUUGCUAAAUUUGUGCGACAACGUGGUCGAGUUAGUAUCACUGAAUUAGCUGAAAAUUCAAAUAAUUUAAUUAAUUUGACUCCUGCAAAAAACUGUAGCGUUUCAGCUAGCUAAAUGUAAAUGUUAUGCCAAAUGUUUUCUUAUUCUAUGUAUUUUAUACCGAGUACAAUAUUGCUAAAAAAAUUGAUUAUUCUAUUCAAUGUAUAUGGUCUCUCGUCAAUUUAUAAUAUAAAUUUGUCAUAUAAUGGCGGGAAUAAUUAUGAAUUUAAAUAUGAAAUUUA